GUCAGUCGGGUUCAGUGAUCGGUCGGUAAACUCAUUGGAAUUAGCUCACUACUAUAACCGUGUUGACAAUAUCUUUAAAUGUGUAAAUACGUAAUCCUGAUUUUUAUAUUAAUUAUUUUAAAUUUAAACAAUGUUUUUGGGUUUAAUAUUCUUGCUAUUAUAUCAGGACCAUUUAGAAGUCAUUAUAUGGCGUUUCAUCCACUCUUUCGAGAAAUAUCCAAGCGAGGACAUAAUAUAACAGUAAUUAAUCAUUUCCCAGAUGAAGAUACAUUGCCUAACUUCAAGUUUGUUAAUCUACAAAACGAUGAGGUUGCCCCUAGCUUUAGCACCCUGGAGUACUAUGAGAAUAGCUACACGUCUUUAAUACAGAUUAUAAACUUAUUGAGGCACGUCAUUAUUCCAGCCAGUGGGCCUGUAGAAGAAGAAUGUAAAAGUCUGUUUACACACGAAAACAUGAAAGUACAUCGUUCAAAAGGUGUUCAGUACGACGUGAUAUUCGUGGAACAGUUUCUUAGUGAUUGCGCUUUGGUUUAUGCCGCUACUAUGUACGAUGCUCCCAUCAUUGGCAUCACAUCACACGUUUUAAUGCCUUGGACUUACCCUAGACUGGGGAUACCCUUCGAUAUAGCUUCAGACCCGUUUUACUUUUCAUCAUCAGGACCUAAUCCAUCACUUCUAGGGAAAAUGGAGUCAGCUUUAGGAAUUUUAUAUUUGCUUAGUUACGGGCGAUGGCAAAUACAUGAGUGUAUAUAUAAAGUAUUUUCUGAAUAUUUACCCGAGAACUUAUUAGAUAUUGAAAGUGUAGCGAAGGAAAGAAUGAAAAUGGUUUUUGCAUACCAACAUUAUUCUGUGACUGGAGCUCGUCUAUUGCCACCUCAAGCUUUGGAAAUAGGAGGAAUGCACGUUGGUCGACAACAGCCUGUGCCAACGGAUAUUGAAGAAUUCUUGGCAAAUGCUGAUCAUGGAGUUAUCUACUUCAGUUUCGGGUCCAAUCUUAAAUCUAACACCAUGUCUGAAAAGAAGUUGCAACAGUUUCUAGAAGCAUUUCGAAGGAUACCGCAGAAAAUACUUUGGAAAUGGGAAGACGACAACUUCCCAAAGGGCAACGAUAAUGUGUACACUAAGAAAUGGAUGCCGCAAUUGGAUGUCUUAUGUCAUCCAAAAGUCAUCGCGUUUAUAUCACACGGCGGGAUGCUCAGUUUAUCGGAGGCUGCCCAUUGUGGGAAGCCCAUGCUGGCUAUUCCAUUCUUCGGCGACCAGUUCAGCAAUGCUGCAUCAAUCAGACAUGUAGGACUGGGUAAAACGAUAUUGUUUGAACGGAUUGAUACGGAAAACUUGGUUGCUGCUUUAAAAGAAAUAACAUCGCCUGAUAUGCAAAACAAUGCUAAAAAUAUUUCAAAACUAUGGCACGAUCGACCACAAAAUGUUAUGGAUAGCGCCAUCUACUGGACAGAGUACGUAGCUCGACACGGCACCGGACCGCCUUCGAUGCCAUCAAAACUUAAUACAUGGUUCGAGAAUAUGCUACUAGAUGUCUAUUGCGUAUUCAUAUUAUUAUUUUUACUGAUUAUUGGGCUGUGUUAUAGUAUUGUAAAGUUAAUAAAAAUAAUUAUAGUAAAACUGUUAAGUUUAAUAUUUGUUAAAAAAGCGAAAAUUCAAUAAGUAUUUAUUAAGGAAAAAAUAAAUAAAUAAAAGGCAUUCGAGACUAAUGCAACUUUUUAUGUUGUUU